AUGGUGUCCUGCAGGAGCUUUCUCUGCUUCAUCGAGUACUACAAGAAGCUCUAUGAGCUCAAGCAUGAGGAAGUCAACGUCCUCGAGAAAAGUGUCAUCAUUGGAUUGCGCAAGCUCGACGAGGCAGCCCAAAACGUGGUCCACAUGCAGGCAGAGAUUGAAGCUCAAGAGGAGAUCCUGAGGAAGGAGGAUGACAAGACGAACAAGCUUCUAGUAAAGGUGCAGGGGGAGAAAGCAAAGGCUGAGAAAAAGGCUGAAGAAGUUGGCAGCAUCAAGAAGGACUGUGAAGCAAAUGCCGCGUCAAUUAAUGAAGACAAGGAGGAGGCCAACCGCCAGCUCCAGGAAGCUCUCCCGUACUUGCAUGAGGCAAAUGCUGCCUGCCAGUCCAUCAAAGACAAGGAUAUUGUUGAGCUCAAAGGCAACAAAUCUCCUGUUGACAUCGUGAAGUACACCUUCGAUGGUGUUCUCUUGCUCUUGGGACUGAAGGUUGUAGAGGUGAAGCCUGAGGACAAAGUGAUCAAUAAGGUCACUGGCACGUUCAUUAAAGAUUCUUUUGAUGAGCACGCGAAAGGCAUGUUGGCGGACAUUAACUUCUUGAAGAAUCUGAAGUACUUCGCCGAGUAUCAGCGUGAUGGAAUCAAUGAUGAGACGUGCGAGCUUAUUGAGCCCUACUUGCGCUAUGAUCCGGAUCCGAACAGGCACUGGUCAACCUGGAAACAUGCCGUGCUCGACCAGGCACUAGCAAGAAAAGCCAAUGCUGCCGCUGAGGGGCUUUGCAAAUUUGUUGGGGCCAUGGUCAUGUACCAUGAAGCUUCAAAGAUUGUGAAGCCGAAGAUGGAUUAUUUGAAGGUACAGGAAGCGAAGCUUGACAAAGCACGGCAAGAAUUAGCAGAAGCAGAAGCAGAACUCACCAGAGUGCAGAAUGAAGUAGCAGCAUUGGAUCGGCAACUGCAAGCCGCAUAUCACGCGAAAGCAGAAUUGGAGGCCAACAAGGAUGCAGCAAAGAAGCGCACGGAAGCCGCGAACCGUUUGCUUCUUGGCUUAGGAGGAGAGAAAGAUCGCUGGACAGAGGAUGCAACGACGUUUGCUUCGCGAAGACUGGCAUUGGUUGGUGAUGUUGCUUUGGCUGGGGCAUUUGUGACGUGA